AUGAAACAUAACAAAUAAUAGAGUCACUAUGUUCUAGACUUCUCAGAUAUCGAAGACAUCUCUGAAAAUGAAUCAGAGAGUUCUAAACAGUCGAAUCACCAAUAAUAAAUUAAUUAAUUAACUCUUACUCCUAAUCCAAUAGAAUUAUUGAUUCCCAAUUUACAAGUUAAAAAAGAGACUGUCGAAAUUCCAUCUAUCUUAAUCCAAGAGGAGGAAGAACCUGUAAUAAGACGAAAGUAGGACACUCAAAAAUAACAAUGGUAAGUCAACUUUGAUGAAUUAUCUGAACAGGAAUUGGAAGAGAGUGACAAGUCACAAGUUGCUAUAGAGAUACCCAGAGAUCCUAGUCCACCAACUAUAAUAGUUGAAGAACCCUAAUAUAUAGAAUAAUAUUUUGAAGAUCAAAAUGUUAUUGAAGAGAUAGAUAUGGAAUAAGAGUAAUUGAAAUUGGAAUAGAGGAAAGAAUAAUUGAAAUAAGACUUGAUAACUAAAAAGUAAUAAUAAUAACAAAAGAUUAUGAAGGUUCGAAAGGAAUAAGAGAGAGUAGAGGAGAUAAUAGAUUAAUCUAAAAAUAGAAAUGUUGAGGAUAAAACAAAAUAAAAGAAAAAAUAGAAAUUUUAUAAUCCCAAAAAUUCAUUGAUAUAUUUGAGAUUAAAGGGUAGGGAAGAUUUAUAUAAAAAAUAAGAGUUAAUUUUUGAUGAUUAGACCAAACCUAUUGAAUAAGACGAAUAUUUAGAAGGUCUAGAGUGCAUCAAUAGUUUAUUAAUUGGAUUAUCAAAAAUAAAAGAUAAGAAAGUUGGUGCUGCUGAUAAAUAGAAACCAUUACCAAUAUAAAUCCAUAGGCAUCGCUUAGAUGAAAAAGGUGAACAUCAAAAAGAAUCUUAACCACAGAAGAAGAAUGAAAAAGAGAAAGAUUCUGAUUAAUAAAAGAAGUGUUAAAAGGGAGCACAAAAGGAAGAAAAAUUAACUGAAUAAGCUCUGAAAUAGUAAUAACUAUAAGAGGCAUAAUUAGCUAGAUAAAUUAGACAUGAAAAGUAAUAACAAGAGAAAGAGAAAUAGAAACUAUUAGAAUAACGGCAAGUUUAUAAAAUCUUAACAAAAAAAUAAAUAAAUUAAGGGUUAAUUCUCUAUAGAUGUUAGUUAAGAUAAAAGUAAAAGGACUCUAUUAAAUGGCUAAGAUAUUCGGAGAUUGCUCUCAUAAGCAAAGGGGAAAGUGAGAUCUUUAAUNUAUCCAUCAAUUAAUAGUUGGAAUUAGGUAGUAAAUUAAAAUUGGUUUAUGAAUGUUUUGUUUUAGAAAUUAAAAAAUCAUUCUUUUCUUUUUCUUAUGUAAUAUAUCUUAAUUCGGUCCAUAGUAUUAUAUUAAAAAUGAAACAUAACAAAUAAUAGAGUCACUAUGUUCUAGACUUCUCAGAUAUCGAAGACAUCUCUGAAAAUGAAUCAGAGAGUUCUAAACAGUCGAAUCACCAAUAAUAAAUUAAUUAAUUAACUCUUACUCCUAAUCCAAUAGAAUUAUUGAUUCCCAAUUUACAAGUUAAAAAAGAGACUGUCGAAAUUCCAUCUAUCUUAAUCCAAGAGGAGGAAGAACCUGUAAUAAGACGAAAGUAGGACACUCAAAAAUAACAAUGGUAAGUCAACUUUGAUGAAUUAUCUGAACAGGAAUUGGAAGAGAGUGACAAGUCACAAGUUGCUAUAGAGAUACCCAGAGAUCCUAGUCCACCAACUAUAAUAGUUGAAGAACCCUAAUAUAUAGAAUAAUAUUUUGAAGAUCAAAAUGUUAUUGAAGAGAUAGAUAUGGAAUAAGAGUAAUUGAAAUUGGAAUAGAGGAAAGAAUAAUUGAAAUAAGACUUGAUAACUAAAAAGUAAUAAUAAUAACAAAAGAUUAUGAAGGUUCGAAAGGAAUAAGAGAGAGUAGAGGAGAUAAUAGAUUAAUCUAAAAAUAGAAAUGUUGAGGAUAAAACAAAAUAAAAGAAAAAAUAGAAAUUUUAUAAUCCCAAAAAUUCAUUGAUAUAUUUGAGAUUAAAGGGUAGGGAAGAUUUAUAUAAAAAAUAAGAGUUAAUUUUUGAUGAUUAGACCAAACCUAUUGAAUAAGACGAAUAUUUAGAAGGUCUAGAGUGCAUCAAUAGUUUAUUAAUUGGAUUAUCAAAAAUAAAAGAUAAGAAAGUUGGUGCUGCUGAUAAAUAGAAACCAUUACCAAUAUAAAUCCAUAGGCAUCGCUUAGAUGAAAAAGGUGAACAUCAAAAAGAAUCUUAACCACAGAAGAAGAAUGAAAAAGAGAAAGAUUCUGAUUAAUAAAAGAAGUGUUAAAAGGGAGCACAAAAGGAAGAAAAAUUAACUGAAUAAGCUCUGAAAUAGUAAUAACUAUAAGAGGCAUAAUUAGCUAGAUAAAUUAGACAUGAAAAGUAAUAACAAGAGAAAGAGAAAUAGAAACUAUUAGAAUAACGGCAAGUUUAUAAAAUCUUAACAAAAAAAUAAAUAAAUUAAGGGUUAAUUCUCUAUAGAUGUUAGUUAAGAUAAAAGUAAAAGGACUCUAUUAAAUGGCUAAGAUAUUCGGAGAUUGCUCUCAUAAGCAAAGGGGAAAGUGAGAUCUUUAAUUUUGAAAAGAGAAUAUCAGAUCAAUUGUUUAUGUAAUUGCAUAAGGCUAAUAUGCGAUCAGUGGUCAUAACCAAAUAAGCUAUGUUUGAUAUAGUCACUAUCCCUUAUGUGAAUGAAUUUAAGGAACUUAAUGAAAUCCAAAAAAUAGAUGUUGUAAAAUAAAUUAAUAAUGAAAUCGAAAACCCCAAACAGUCAAUUAGUUAGGAUAAAAAGGUGAAGGAAAAUUAAGUUAUCAAAAAUAAGGAUAGUAAGAAGAAAACUUAAGAUAAUUAAAUGAAUGGGAAUCCUGAGAAGUAAUAACAUUUGGAUUAAAUUGAAUAAUAGGAUACAAUAUAAAAAUAAGGAAUACAAGAAUAACAAAACUUUUAAUAAAAUGAAUUAGGACAAUAAUAAGAGUCAAAAAGAACCAAGAAUAAGGUUAGUUAUUAAGAGAGUGAUGAGGAAAAGAAGGAUGAGGAUCUUUUAGAUGCUGAUUCUAUCUAAAUAUUCAAAAUCACAUAAGAAAGAUAAAAAAGGUUAGAUAAAAAGGAUAAGGAGUUGAAAUCAUAAUAAAAUAAUUUAUAGUUUGAUGAGUCAAAAUUAAUAGAAUCAAAUGAACUUGGUUAAAAACCUAAUAAUAAUAAUAAUAACUCAGAAAUAAAGGAUCAUAAGAAAGUUAAGAAUACAAAAAUAAAGGAGUGUCCACUGAGUAGAUUGGAAACUAAUGAUGAGAUUAAAAAGAAACAAAAAAUUAAUUAAAAAAGAAAAGAAAAACGAAGAUAGGAAUAUCAGAGAUAUUUGAAUGAAAUAGAGAAAGAACAUUAAAAUUAACUUGCUCUCUCUAAACAAAAACAAGCUUUGAAAGAUGGCUGCAAUUAAGAAACUACUAAGAAUAAUUAAGUAACUACUAAUAAUAAAAUUCAUAAAAGAAGUAAUAAGUAGGAAGCUGAAAACAUAAAUGAUUAAAUUAAAUCAAAGAACUCUAAACCUCCAAGAAGAAUAGUAAAACUAAAUGUUAGAGAAAAUAAAUCACCAUGUUCUAAAUUAUCUCCAAUGAGGGAAUCGAUUGAGCCUGGAUAUGUUUCAUCCAAACGUGUAUAUGAGAACAGGGAUUAGAAGUAAAAAAGGCUUAGAGUUAUUGAAGAUGAGGAAUCAGAAUUUUAUGAACAGAAUGCUAAACAAAAAAGAAAACAGAUUGAAGAAAAAGGGUGA